AUGCCCAACGUUUCGGUUAAAGUAAAAUGGGGCAAGGAGAUGUACCCAGGUGUGGAGGUCAAUACAGAUGAUGAGCCAGUAUUGUUUAAAGCACAAAUAUUUGCAUUAACUGGGGUCCAACCAGAUAGACAGAAAGUUGUAUGUAAAGGAGUCACAUUAAGGGAUGAUGCAUGGGGCAAUUUUAAGCUGACCAAUAAUGCAUUAGUACUUGUGAUGGGUAGCAAGGAAGAAGAUGUGCCAUCAGCCCCUGUGGAGCAAACUCGCUUUGUAGAAGACAUGAAUGAAUCAGAGCUAGCAACAGCUCUGGAUCUUCCUGAAGGUCUCAUAAAUUUGGGCAAUACAUGUUACAUGAAUGCAACAGUCCAGUGUCUCAAAACUGUGCCAGAAUUGAAAAAUGCUCUGCUCGACUAUGAUAAAUCGUCCGGCGGCGGCACGGCGGGCGAGCUGACCGCCGCGCUGAGCGAGACGAUGCGCGCGCUGGAGGGUGGUGGCGCCGGGGCCUGCGCCGGCGCCGCGGCGAGGCUGCUGCGGGCGCUGCACGAGGCGGCGCCGCGCUUCGCCGAGCGCGGGGCGGGCGGAGGCCUGGCGCAGCAGGACGCGUCCGAGUGCUGGAGCGAGAUAGUGCGCGCGCUGCAGAGCCGGCUGCCCGUCGCGCCCGCCCCGCCCACCGGUGACAGGACUUCAGUAAUAGAACAGUACUUCGGCGGCACGUUAGACGUGGAGCUGGUUUGCUCUGAGGCCGAUGAACCGCCAACAAAGAGCACGGAAUCCUUCCUCCAGCUCUCGUGCUUCAUAUCCCAAGAUGUCAAAUAUUUGCAGUCCGGCCUUAGAUCUAAAAUGUCGGAGCAAAUCACGAAACUGUCACAAACAUUGGGUAGAGACGCUAUUUACACGAAAACAAGCAAAAUAAGUCGCCUCCCCGCGUACCUAACGGUGCAAUUCGUGCGAUUCUAUUACAAGGAGAAGGAAUCUAUUAACGCUAAAAUACUGAAGGACGUGAAAUUCCCUCUUGAUCUGGACGUGUACGAGCUAUGCUCUCCGGAACUUCAAGAGCGGUUGGCGCCGAUGAGGUCAAAGUUCAAGGAAUUGGACGACGCCAAAGUCGAGACGUCUCUAAGCGCCAGGAACAAAAGUCACGGCGAUUCCAAAAAGGACUCUAAAAGGAAAACCGUACUUCCAUAUUGGUUCGAGAACGACGUGGGCAGCAACAACAGCGGCUACUACCGGCUGCAGGCGGUGCUGACGCACCGCGGGCGCUCUUCGUCGUCGGGCCACUACGUGGCGUGGGUGGCACGCGGCGGCGGCUGGCUGCGCUGCGACGACGACGCCGUCACGCCCGUCCCGGAGGAGGAGGUGCUCAAGCUCAGCGGCGGCGGCGACUGGCACUGCGCCUACCUGCUGCUGUACGGGCCCAGGAUCCUCGAGCUGGCCGAGGAGGUGGAGGAGCCGAUGGUGACGGAGGUGGCCGAGGACCCAGCCGGCGAUCCGCCCACCGCCCUCGCG